GGUUCUGUUUGGACGACUUCUUUGGAAAGGCUCCAUUUGACAUUUCAAUUCGCAGCGACUUGUCGGAUUUUUGCUGCUUCAACUUUGGAAAAAGUGAUAUUAAAAGUAUUACUGUGACCGAUUUUAAACAACAACAAAAAAUUAAAUAAAUUGAAAAAGUGACUCCGGUUUCUAGCAGUGUUGUUGCGUUAUUUGAAGAGUUUUCACGCGAAAAUUUUCCUCUUUGGAGUGGUUUUAAAACAUAAAGCGCUUGAGGUUGUUUUGUGCUGAUUGUUAGUCUACAAAAGAAUUUUUCAAAUUGGAAACAUAAUCCAUAUCCAAUACAAAAUCUCUGUGGGAUUAAUGCUGAAUUCGUGACGUUAUUGUGAUUCUCUAAUGCUAUUUCCCAUUGAUUGGUGAAAGACACAAAGUUUUUUUUUCUUAUAUAUAUUUCAUCUUCAUUUUUUUCUCUUUAACGAGAAAAGAAGGGAAGAAGAAGAAAGAUUUAAGAUCUUGGAUCAUGAUUGAGUGAAACUAAUUCGGCAGUGAUUGUGUGGUGGAAAAAUUAGUGACUAUUGUUACAUACAUAUACGGAAAAGCCCCGAAUUUUCACAAAGUAAAUUCAAUCACGAGAAGAUUCCAUGGGAUUGCCCAAAUCACCAGCGUGACGUGACAACCUAGAUAAGUGAUAGAGACAUCUUGUACGGGAGGCGCGCGUCUCCAUAUAAUCUUCCCAAGCUGCCCAAUUAGCAAUUCAUCUUCUCUUCUCUCUUUUUUUUUUGGAAGUAAAACACUGAUGAAAUUUUGCCUUUAGGAAAAAUGUGGCGACCAUUGAUCGCGAUGUUGGUCGCUGUUGUGAUCGCGAUCGUAGCUGCGAUCAUUGAACCAACUGCUGCCCUUGCCAACUGCCCAACAGCAUGCGACUGCGAUGAUGACACACUAGUAGUUACGUGUGGAGAAGGACAUCUGGAUGUCCUCCCAAUUGCCCUUAAUCCCUCAAUUAGACGUCUUGUGAUUAAGAAUAACAAAAUAAAGAUGAUUGAUUCAUCGCUCCAGUUUUAUGCUGAGCUCCUCUUCCUCGAUCUCAGCUACAAUCAUCUGUUCAACAUUCCAGUCAAAACUUUUGGAUAUCAGAAGAAGCUUCAGGAGUUGCAUCUGAACCACAACAAAAUUGGCUCAAUCAACAAUCGUACAUUCUUUGGACUAACAGCCCUAACUGUCCUGAAUCUACGGGGGAACUUCAUUGAUGAACUCGAUAGGAAUGUCUUUAAUGUUCUUGUGAAACUAGAAGAGCUAAAUCUAGGCCAGAAUAGGAUCUCUCGGAUUUCUUCAGGAGCCUUCGAUGGACUAACAAACCUUCGGGUUCUCUAUCUAGACGACAAUACCCUAACAUCGGUACCAAGUGAUGCUUUUCUCCCACUUAAAGCCAUUGCUGAGAUCUUCCUAGGACUUAACUCCUUCACAACUCUCCCAGCGGGAUCUUUUGAAUCCCUAACAGCUCUAUCAAAGUUGGAUCUUCGUGGAGCUGCUCUGGCAAACAUUUCAACGGAUUCCUUUAAAGGACUCGAGCAAGUUAGAACGCUAGAUCUCUCAGAUAAUCGUCUUCAUCGUAUUCCAACACGAGAGCUAAGUACAUUGGGAAGGCUCGAAGACUUAACACUGGGACAGAAUGAUUUUGAAGUUAUCCCUGAAGGAGCCUUUGCUGGACUUACAAAUCUUCGACGUCUCGAUAUUUCGGGCUCUUUGAAGUUGCGCAAAGUAGAAGCUGGAGCUUUUGCCACAAAUACAAACCUCGAAUCUUUGACUUUGUCCUCCAACAAGGCUCUCGUUGAAGUGCAGGAAGGUGCACUGAGUGGCCUUCCACAUUUGCGUCAUGUGAUCUUGAGGGAUAACGCUCUGGUAACUCUGGCUGAGGGUCUCUUCCCGUGGACUGAACUCCAUACUCUUGAUCUCUCCGAGAAUCCUCUGGUGUGCGAUUGUCGACUCCUCUGGCUGAGACAACUUCUUGUUGGACGCUCAAAUGGAAGUCAGCCACCUGGUGGAGUACUUUGUGCUGCACCGGAACGACUUCGAGAAGAACCCCUAAGAGCUAUUUCUCCUGAACUUCUGGGCUGUAUGCAUGCUGAUCCACGGAGACAGGCUAUAAUUGGAGCUUUAGUUGUUGGAGCUGCUGCUACUAUUACUGCUCUUGCUCUUAUCCUCUACCGCUGUCGUCGACGCAUUCGGGAGGUUCUCAAGGGGGGUUGGGGCAAUUCAGCUCUUGGUAGGAAGGAACGUGAAUACCAAAAGACUUUCUCAGCUGAGGAAGACUACAUGUCGCGCCAUUCGCAUCCAUGCAGUUUAGCUGUUCACCCAAGCUUAACUGGAUACGGACACCACCAUCCGGGACUUAGGCCAAUUCCAGUGACUGAGCUAUAGCUAGAGGCGCCGCCGCCGCCACCAAGACGCGGUGCCCCGCAGCCACCUGGCGCGGCGGCCUUUCUGCAGCUCAGUCAAGAUCAUCUGAUGCCCAAGCACCCAAAUGGCACCAUCAGCAACUACACACCCCCAAUGCCGCCUGAGGCAUUCCUCACGGGACCAGCUCUACCGCUACGCAAUGGGACCCUAACUGCUGGCCGGAGAACAGCCUCGGGGCGACAUUUUCACUGAUCCACCCAGCUGGAGCUCCGCGAUGAGCCAGUUUGAGGUGCAGUAACAAAAAAAAACUGCCACAGGGGAUGCAGAGCAAAGACUUGAACCAUUGUGGGAAAAUUGAUUUAAAAAAAAAGAAAAAUUAAAUAGGUUGUAGGAUGAAAAGAGACAGCUAUAUGGGCGGAAUGACAUUUUGUGAAUAUUUACAUUUUUUAAUUUUAGAAACAUUGUACAUAGAUGAUGAUGAGUUUUCAGUGUGCUCGAUGGCAAAUUCAAAAUACAAACCCCUCAGAAAAAAGUGACAGGUGCGUUGGCAAGACAUACUAAUUUGACAGCUAUACGAAAUGUCAAAUAUGACAAGACUGAAAAGCAAGCUAAAGAGCGUCAAAUUCGUAUGGUCAGUAUUUUUGUCUAUCUAUAGUGGGCAUUGAAUAAAAGUAGAUACUGUUGUAAUUUUGAAAUGUCAAAACUGUUAUACAGAUCUGUUAUAAACACUUGCAUUUGUCAACGCAUCUUUAGCUUUUUGAAAAAAAAAAAGUACAUAUGUCAGAAAAAAAAGAAGAAAAAUUAGAUCUAUAACUAAACUUUAUCUCACAUGGAACCAUAAAUAGUAAAUUUCAGUCAUUAUCUCUGUCAGAAACAUUAUAACAUUUAUAAAUAUCAAAUUAAACAGUGGAAGUCAUUGGAGGCAUUGUAUGCAGUGUCGGUUACAAAUGGAAAAGUUCUAUACAAAAUAAUUUGAAAAUUUCUGUACCGGCACUGCUUUCAUAGAGCUAAAUGUAAAUACAUUUUAGACGUAAUUCAUCGUAAGACACAUUCAAAUUAUUAAAAAAAGAAGAAUUUUCUCAGCGUGAAGAGAUAAAUUAAAUCUAUGAAUGUAAUUAUAGAAGUAUACAUGGAACACUGUAAGACAAAAGGUAUAUCUUUUAAAUGUAAAUUUAUGGUAAACACCGUUGCCAUUCUCGCAUUUCUUGCCACCACUGCUGGCUAUUUGAAGAUGCCCAAGGAAGUUGAACAAUAAGUUAAACACAUAUCACCCUAAAAAAAAUAUGAUGGAGCAGAUUUUUUUGGCGGAAAAGCCUUACAGGGGUCAUGAACUGUCAAAAGAAUUGACUUUUGGCAUUUUCACACAACUCCGCGGUGAUUUUGGCAACAAUUUCCUGUGCAUGAGAUUAUUUGCGCCAGCUCUCAGAGGCGCGGGGGGAAAUUCGCUGAAAAAAAAUUGAGGUUAUGUUCAAAAAAGUAACGCCGCGUCCUUUUGCUUGCGUCGCCAUUGACGCGUAUCAUUUCUGGAUAAAUAAAUUGACUCUAAUUGAGAAAUGCACGCCAUACAGACACGCCACAGCCAAUUAGUGGCACUUGCUGACGAAGAAAGGCCUCUGGACUCCAAGAGGAAAACAAGAUGGGGUCACAUCUAGGAAAAAAAAUCUUGAAAGCUUCGCACUGUAUUGGAAUAAAUCACACACACGUGGUUUAAGGAGUCAAUUGCAGCAUAAAAACCUGUUCCAUAUCGCAUACUUAUGUGCAUCGCAAGAGCGUGACUGGUGAUUGCAAAUAAUUGCUUCGGCAUAAUUUUAAUUUCAAUUGAGGAAUUCUUUCCCCCGUCUUUUUAGCCAGGGCUUCUUGCACACAGAACCCCCUUUGGCAAAGUCAAACCAUGGGGAUUUUUAAAUUGCCUUUUUUUGCACCACUUUGCCCACAUCCAUCAUAGAAAUCUACACAGUAAAUGCUAUUUUUAAUGCGUCUGUCUGAUUUUACUCCAUAUUCCAUCUUUCUGCAUUGGAGGUGUGUGCUAUGAAAUUAUUAGCGGCUGAAGUUCAAUAGCUGAUACUUAGCUAAUAGAAUAAUUUUUUUAAUUCAUUUGAAAAAUGCUCUUGAUUCAUAUAAAAUAAAUCUUUAAUCUGUUCCUUUAUAUCCUUCAUGGCGCCCUGUGUAUUGUGUGAAAUAUCCUCUGUGAAAGUCUACAUGUCAUCCCUAACCUCAAAAUGUAAUAUCCUUGUGAAAAAGAACGUCAAACCGUAUCCCUGUACCCAUAUGUGUCAAAUUUCACUCCUUGACCCUACCUUACGUAUCUAAACUUUAUCUAAUCAUUGUAAAAUAACCCUUUAACCUUAAAAAACUUAACCUAAAAAACUCCCACUCUGUGAUCCUUAAUAUCUUAAAUCUGUCCUGUCUGAAUUUUUCACUGAAAUUUGAAGAUCUCAAGCGAAUUUCAAAGGUUUCUUUAUUACUGAAUAACGCCCAAGCCGUUAAAAUUCUUAUUAUUCCCAAAAAUUCCGAAUAUUUAUAAAUGUUCGGAAUAAAUUAAAAUAUUCUCAAAAAACACCCUUUUUCCUUCAUAUUAAAAAUCUUUACUAAGCUCCUUCUUCUGUUGUCCCAAAAGUGUUUUGUUUCUUAACUCCUUGUGUAAUGUCUCCCCUAUUCCUUGUGUAAAGUCUCAAAACACCUAACCUCAAUCAUGUUAAUACUUUAUAAUGUCCUUUUGUCAACAAUUUUCCAAUUAUUAAACCUGAAUAACUUUUCCCAAAAACUCUCCCUCAAAGUUCAGUAAAAAAUAACUUUGCUUUGAAUUUAAAUAUUCUGUCAAAUGUCAAACUGUUAAAAUUUAACCUAAUUUUUUUGACAGAAUAAAAAAGAAAAGUCUAUUUCAUAUUUUUCUCAGUGUCUGACCCAAUGAACUGAAAGGGUUAAAGUGAAAUCAAUUUUAAUUAAUUUUUAAACAAAAUUUUUCCCUUCAGCCGCCGUUUGAAAUCUCCUGGCACAAUGUUCUUGAAUCCACUGCACCGAAAAGCAUAGAAAUCCAUACAAUCCGUAUAUUUUAUUGCACGCCCGAGAUCACGAACUUCCACUUAUUCUGGGGGCUUGAGGUAUACAAUCUUUUUAGUCUAUAUAGGCAAUCCAAAUGCGCGAUGCUCUCCCGUGGUUGUGUAGCUUCCUGGGCAGAAAAUAGUCCAUCCAUAUGCAAUGAGAGGGAAAAAAAAGGGCGAAGAUGGUGCAAAAAAGCACGCGGUGGAAUUUAUAAUAAAAUCUGCCCCGAAGGCAUUUUAUGAAUCUCCGUUUGCCUUGUAAUUUCGUGCAAUUAAAUUCAUAUCUAAUUAUACUUCCUAUUCAAUGGAAUGCCACAGGGUUAGUGCGGAAGGGAAGGGUGCGAGAGAGAGGCUUUUCCAACGUCUUCUUUCAUCCCUUUGGCGCCAAAAAAUUAAAAGGACAGGAUCAUCAAUAAAACCUUCCCCCACCCCACCUCCCCAUUGAAGAGCCACAAGGUCGCAACCUUUGGCAUUGUGUGUGUGGUGGAAAUAUUGGGGCUAAAUGGAAAGUUUCUUCGUCUCACUUUUUGGCAGACGAAGACAAAUUGUGGCAAAAUAUCGAAAUUGAGAUUUCUUUUCUCCCCCGCAAAACCCACUCACUCCCCCCACCCUCUGAGGCGCGCAAGAUCAAUGCUAAAGGAAAGAAAAAAAAACAGAGAAAAUUUGUCAUCUCCGUGAGAGAGAUUCUUAAAAUAAUCCACAAAAAAAAACUUUUUAUGCAUUAAACGAGCACGUUGAGCGAUGUGAGAGAUAAAGAAAAAAGUAUAUAUACGAAGUUAGGAGUAAAUUUUAUAAUAUAAUUGUAAUUAAUUUAAAAAUAAAACAAGAAAAAUGAUUAAAGAAAAUCUAAACUUAUAAGAUUGACUAGUCAAGUGAGGAAGUUGAAGAUGAUAAAAAAGAACCCUAAUUGAAGAAAAAAAAAUGUAAACAGGAAAUAAAACCAGUGUUAAGGAUAGUUAGUAAUUUCAUCGGAGUCACAUCAAAACUAUUUGUCCGAAAUUCUCCAAGAGAACCCAUUAAUAUUAUAUACAUACAUAUAUAUUUUCUUGCCGCAUUUUAUGUUAAUCACAUCGACACACAAAGAGAAAAUAAGAAAAAAAUAAAAAAGAAAAUGUUAUUGAAUGUUAAAAAGCAGUGUAGCCAACACAUUGUAUCCACCAAAAUAACGAUGUUCUGUGUAAACUGGAUCAAAAACUUGGAAUUUAAAUACAGCAGGGGUUCAUCACCUGACCCCUCUGUCUAUCUGUAAAAGACAUGAGACACUCUCAGACAUUUAAAUAUAAAAUAAAUCAGAUGCAUUUUCCUUCGUGGAUCAAAAUAAAAA